UUGUCUUUGACUUGUAUUGUGGUUUGGAAAUGAAAUCAAUUCAUUUCAAGGAUUCCAUUUCAUAAAUUAUUUCGCUUUAUUUUACGAACUGUGCCGUGUGAUUGGCUUAAAAUAUCAAUUAUUAAUCCUCAGCCAUGGCUGACGAUCUAAGAAACUAUAAAUUGCAAUUGCAACAGGUGGAAGCGGCUUUGCUCACUGAUCCGCAAAAUGAAGAAUUGCUGAAAUUGAAAGGAGAUUUAGAAGAAGUAAUUGAGUUGACACAAGAUCUUAUAAAAACUCAAGACGGUGAAUCCAAAGUGUCUAACAUUCAUAGUUCUAGUAAUGAUGAUGAUGUUACAGCCUCCCUGCUGGCGGCCGAGGACGGUGAGCCUGCCGAAAGUUCCGUAAGCAAAUGGCGCAUUGGCGAGAAAUGCCUUGCAAAAUGGAGAGCUGAUGGCACGUUCUAUGAAGCACUGAUAGAAGACAUUGAUGAUGAGAGUAUGAAAGUCAAAUUUGAUGGCUACAAUACAUUAGAAGUAGUUUCCAUUCAUGAUGUCAAGCCUUUAAACUCAAGUUUGAAAAGACCUUUGAGUGGAGAUGAAAGCAAACAUGGCAAAAGCUACAAUAGAGAAUAUUUAAAGAAGAAGAAGCAGAAAAAGCAACAGAGGUUUAAACAAAUUGAGGAAGAAAGAGAAAGUGAAAAAAACAAAUGGUUAUCAUUUCAUUCCAAAGCAUCAAAAAAACCAGGUGUUCGGAAUAAAAGUAUCUUUGCUUCCCCUGACAAUUUGACAGGCAGAGUUGGUAUUGGCACAUGUGGCAUUUCCGGUAGACCCAUGACUGAAUAUACUCCCGGAGAGAAGUGGAAGAAAGGUGGAUAAUAUAAUACAUCAGCCAUAUUAUGGCUGUGACAGUUAAUUAUAUUAGUGCUAUUAGAUUUAAUUUUAUGAUUAUUACUCCUUUUUUUAAGUAUGUAAUGAUAAUGCAUGAGGCAGGUGUUUCAAGUCAUAUUUUAAAUGAUUUUAUUGAAGAUGUAUGCAUUCAUUCUCAUUAGUAAUUAAAGUCAUGAUAAACUUGACACAAAAACAUUAAACUUCUAAAUUAUUGUCUUUCUCUAAAAUAUGUCUCUACUCUAUCAUUGUACUAAUAGCCAGUUUUUUUAUACCUCAUGGUACUGUCAAUAUAAGGAAUGUUUAUUGUUAUCUGUUUAAUAUAGCAAAAUAUACUAAGGUUGAAAACGCCAGAACUGAAACAAGUAUCUUCCUGCAUAUUCACUUGAAAUAGUACUAGUACAGCAAGUAGCAAUAUACAUGUAAAAUGUUAAGUACUGAUGUCUUAAAGUACCUACCUAUUUUAAUAUAAAGAAAUUACAGAGCAAUAAAUGAGUUUAUCAUAAUGUA